CAUCUACUGCUGAUGACUACUUAGCAACAAUCCUGUGGACCAUAUGGCGUCUUAGUUUUCGAAACAUCGUUAGAUAAAUUUCAAGUAUCUUCGCAUUUCUGUACUUGCUUGAUAUGUAACUUCAUGUUGUCACUCGGUACAUUUAUUUCGUUUUAUCUCUGGUAAUGGCAUUGCUAGCAACAUAAUUCCUAGCUAGCUAGUGCUAGCUAACUAGCUAGCAAACAACCAAUUUUGUCAAUGCUAUCUAGCUAGCUAAUCUCGGAUAUAGCUAGCUAACUGUCCACUAGCUAAUGCACGCAUAUGGCUAGUUGACCGUACAUGUUUUUCUGCAUUGACUAAAUUAGCUAACGUUAUCUAGUUAGACAACUGAUUAGCUGACAUUAGCUAGCUAAAUUACAGAUUUCCUAUCAAACGCCGAGAAACAUACUGGCUGGAAGAUGGAACUCAAUUUGAACCGGGUUGAUUAUUUACAGGUUGGGGUGACUUCCCAGAAAACAAUGAGACUCCUGCCUGCAGUUGGACGGAGAGCAACACAAAAGGUUGCUGUGGCUGAUCAAGAUGGAGUUAUAACAUGUUUUGGGAUGAAGAAAGGAGAGGCAGUUCCUGUCUUCAAGUCUCUGCCUGGGCAGAAGAUCACCAGACUGGAUCUUGGCGGGGCACUUGGGACACCCCAGGAGAAGAUCUUUGUGGCAGCUGGUUCUGAAGUCCGAGGAUACACCAAGAAAGGCAAACAGUUCCUGUCAUUUGAAGCGAAUCUAGCGGAAAGCAUCAAGGCCAUGUAUGUUUCAGGGGCGGACCUCUUUGUUUGUGCCAGUUACAUCUACAACCACUAUUGUGACUGCAAGGACCAAGAUUACUACCUCUCGGGGGACAAAAUCAAUGACAUCGUUUGUUUGCCAGCAGAGAAUGCAGGCCGUGUCGUUCCCGUCCUCGCCUGUCAGGAUCGAGUUCUCAGAGUGCUGCAGGGGUCUGAGCUCAUGUAUGAAGUUGAAGUUUCUGGACCUCCAUCUGUUUUGGAGUUAAAUAACAGAGAUGGAGGCAGUGGAGAAGUUCUUUAUGGAACAGCCGAUGGGAAACUCGGGCUGGUGAAGAUCACAGAAUCCUCUUCAGUUCAAAAAUGGGAGCUUGCUAAUGAGAAGAAAAAAGGAGGCAUCCUGUGCAUCGAUACGUUUGACAUCCUGGGCGAUGGAGUGAGAGAGAUCCUGGUUGGCAGGGACGACGGGACGGUGGAAGUGUAUGGGCUGGACGGCUCCAACGAGCCCACCCUGCGAUUCGAGCACGUGCUGUCAGAGAGUGUCACAUCUAUCCAGGGUGGCUGUGUUGGAAAGGAGAACUUUGAUGAGGUUCUGACAGCAACUUACACAGGCUGGGUGACGGGACUCACAAGUGAGCAGCAGCAGGAAGAGGCGGGGCCUGGAGAGGAACUGAAGAUGAGUCAGGAGACUCAGAACAAAGUUGCUGCUCUCAGGUUGGAGCUGGAGCAACUCCAGGGGAAGGUCCUCCAGGAGAGGGAGAAGUACCAGCAGACCUCCCAGUCCAGCACAGCCCUCUCUGCAGUGCCGGUCUUCAGUGUCAACGACAAGUUGACCCUCUGCGAGGAUGAUGCCAGCUACAGCCUCACCCUGGAGGUGCAGACUGCUAUUGACAACCUAUUACUCCAGAGUGAUGUUCCAAUCGACUUGCUGGACGUCGAUAAAAAUUCAGCCGUCGUGAGUUUCAGCGAAUGUGAUUCAGAGCAACCCAAUGGCAAUUUCCUUCUGGCAACAUACAGAUGCCAAGCAAAUACUACAAGGCUUGAGCUUAAGGUGCGAUCCAUAGAGGGCCAGUAUGGCACUCUGCAGGCCUACAUAACACCACGCCUGCAGCCCAAAACCUGCCAGGUACGGCAGUAUCAAAUUAAGCCUCUUUCUCUUCACCAAAGAACCCACGCCAUUGACCAAGACAGGCCCAUGAAUGCUCUGACUCUGGUUGGCCAGUUUAGUUUGGCAGAGAUCCAUUCCUGGGUGGUGUUCUGUCUACCAGAGGUUCCUGAAAAAACGCCACCUGGGGAGACAGUGACUUUCUACUUUCAGAACACUUUCCUCGGCACACAGUUAGAAACCGCCUACAGUAAAGGUGAAGGUCACUUCAAAUCAGACAACAUCUCUACAAUUUCCAUUCUGAAGGAUGUUCUCUCCAAAGAAGCCACCAAAAGAAAAAUUAACCUCAACAUUUCCUAUGAUAUCAAUGAAGAGUCUGUCAGUCAUACACUGAAGAUGAUUCAUCCAAAGCUGGAGUACCAGCUGCUUCUUGCUAAAAAGGUUCAGCUGAUUGAUGCUUUGAAAGAACUACAGGUUCAUGAAGGGAACACAGACUUCCUGAUUCCGGAGUACCGCAGUAUUCUGGAAGAAUCCACUCAUCUUCUUGAGGAGUACAAGAAACAGCCUGCUCAUUUGGAGAGGCUAUACGGUAUGAUCACAGAUCUCUUCAUUGACAAAUUCAAGUUCAAGGGACAGAAUGUGAAGACCAAAGUUUCACUACUACUUGAAAUUCUGGACAAUUAUGAUCUGAAUUCUUUAAUGGAUUUUUUCAAUGAAGGGUAACAUUUAAUUCUUAAGCAAUUGGUGGUCUUGUGAUACUGAUUAGUCAGUCAUUCUUUUUUUUACUUGUCUGGUGUUGUAAGUGAAAUAUAUUAAGAUUAUGUUUGUUGAAAGGUACAGGAAUACUCAACAUUUAAACAAUUAAAUGUACCGUAUUCUUAAAAAAAAAAAAACAUUCCCAUGAUAGAACACAGUCCACACAAAUGUCUUUUAAUGUCAUGUACUUGGCACUGUAUUGUAUGAAUAGAUUUCCUUUUAUAGCAUAAUGUAUAUUUUUUGUAGAAAGUUAUGUUCAUAUUCAAAUACUAUAACGUUUCAAUAAAUGGAACACUUGCCUAUU